UGCGUUCCUUAUGCUUGCGACCCGUGCUUCAAGUGCAUUUGUAUGCCUCCGAUGUGAGCUCAAGCUUGCGCGCCCUCGAACGUCUACGCCGCCUCGUCAACCCUCACAUGCCGGCUUUUCGUCCUCUGCACGUCGCCACGAUGCCGCAGAUGAUUCCCAGACGCUCGCACUGGGAGAGACGCCUGCCCAGGCGAAUGUUGCAGACAGACCUCUGCGCAUUUCGAAGGAGUACACUCGCAAGGGCAGAGUCGUCAGGCAAAGAAAGGCAAAACUGGGCAUGAAGCGCAUGGAUGAAGAGGCCGACAUCUUAGUCCUUAACGAAGCACCCACGCCCGAGGACCCCGACAAGAAGCUGCCAGAGCCUUUUGAGCCGAUUUCAGUCCCGGACAUUCUCUCUUCGCUCCAGCAGGACAGCGCACCAGCCACUCAGGAGGAUGUUGAGAAGCAGCUCCAAAGCUUGCGCCCUGCUCGCGGCCAUGCAGACGAGCCACACUACGUUACGACUGCCGAUUUCGUGAAGCUGGUCGCCGCCUUGGCCCGCGGAUUCACCACGGCACAGUUGUCACACUACUACUCGGCAGCGAAGAGCGUAAAACAGGAGACUCUGUUCAAGAUGGUAAAGGCUACUGUCAAAGCCACAAGACGGAGCGAGUGGCACCCAACCACGACAAAUAUCGAGAAACGUCUUCCAGGCGUUGAGACAGUCCUAAAUAAGAGGACCAGGGGCAUACGCAAGGCAACACUGGUGGACAAGAUCCUUCGAGACGUGUGGAAGCUCGAGCUUCUUGAAGAGCUCGAGGCACCCGGAGAGCUUGAACUCAAGCUGAGGCCAUGGGAGCUCAGGCUCCUGCAAAAUGGAGGCAACAACAGCAACCUCGCCCGCAUUGCGAAGAUCAGGAACGCCAAAGUUGAGAUACAUUGGCAGGCCAACGUUCUCCGUAUUACAGCCGACAAAACCACGGCGGAGUACGCUGCAAACGAUAUCUUAGAGGCCAUCAGCAAAGCGCACGCAACGUCGCUCGAUCUAAGACGUUGGGUUGGCCAGCUCAAUGAGGCCAGGUUAUCGUCCGGCACCAGUCUAGCCGCUUCCCUCCCGGCUGAUUAUGUGUCAUCUCUGACAGGCACAGACAUCUUUGCAGCCGACGAUUACACAUUGACAAUACAUGGAUUGGACGAGACUUCUGUCGCGGAGGCGAAAAGGACACUUGUUAGACUCUUGCCCUUCAAAGAGUCCGCAACGCGCACAAUCGACACUCAAAGAUUGGAUGCAGCGAAGCACGGAAGCUAUCUGUUGCCGACUUUUCACGAACCCAAGUCGCUCGACUACUCAUUUCGAGACCUCAGCCUGGGUCGCUGGGCGUUGCCAGUCGCCCGCUCAGCUGACGCAGUUGCAACUGAAGAGCAGGACAACUCCCAGGAUGGGGUUGAGCCAAAGCAGCGAUCCGAACAGAGUACGCACGGCAUUGUGAACCGGGUCGUGUCUUUUAUGGGGGCACCAGUUGAUGGAGCCUUCACCGGAUCAGAAUCGAAACCUCGAAACAGACAGACCGGAUACUGGGCUCUGGAGCCAGAGUACAAAGUCUCAGCCGAUUUUGGCCAAGCACUCUUUCCUUUGGAGUUGUCUGACCCAAACAAGGUAGUAGAGGCUGCCUCAGAUCCCUCACGGUCACCAUUUCAGCCUUCAAUCCCGGGUCUGGGAAGUCUGCUAGCUUCGUCAGAAUUUCAGAACCUUUCGCGGACAGAGACACCCGCCUUACUGUACGAUUUCAUUCCUUCACCAGAUCAGAAAGACCUCGAAGUCGGCCCAGCCUUUCCAAGGCUUCAUAUACAAGUCCGCACAGGCCGCGAUGGCAACAGACCCACUAUUCACAAGCUCAGUCUCGGCUUCCAAGAGCGUGUUCACGACGUUCUGCUCCCCGAUCAAGCAGCAGACAUCCGCUUCCACCGCUACGGACGCUUGAGAUUCAGCAGUAAGAGUCAUCACGACAAGAACGUCGAGGAAUGGUCAGAAGCAGUGCGCCAGAACAUAGAAAGCGGCAGACGUCUUUCCGCACCAUCACUCACCAUCGACAUCCCCAAAUGGACUAUCCCAGGCUUCCCAUCAGAUGCGACAGGCAUGUUACCUGUCAAGUAUGUCUUUUCCGGCAUUCAGUUCCGACAAAGCGUCACAGGUAGACUUCUGGACACACAGAUCUCCUAUAGCACCAUGCAGUCCGGCAAAUUGGGUGCAAAGGGUGGUGCGCUGAGUGCUUACUCCGAAAAACUCAAGGCAAAUGAGUAUGAGGCGCAAAUUCGUGAUUUCGCUACGAAGUGUGUGCAGAUGGUGGAUUACAUCACCCAGGCAGGCGCGCAGACACAGCCUCUAAGGCAGAUUGUGCUGCCAAGGAACGAUCAUAGUGCGAGGAAGCAGCGCCGAGCUGCACUGCGUGAAGGUCAAGAUCAAGUCUUGAGCCACGCAAUGGAUCAAGAUCCAGCGCUGGAUCAGCAAUCGGAGUCUGCUGAAAGCCUCGAAAACACCCAAGAUCAGGACGACGUUGAGGCCUACGACGAAACGCAAGCCUUCCUCGACGACCAAGACGCCGACGCCCGUCUCGCAUCCAGACUUGACGGCGAAGCACCAGCCGCCGAGGCCGAGACUGCUUUUGAUGAAGCACAAGCUGAAGCCGACGAAGACAGGAAAACAUCAAGAUCCAAGAUGCAGGAACAGGAGGCCGAUGCACUUCUCGAUGACUUGUUCGGUGACGAGCCAGCGGAAGAGCCGAUUGGAAAAGAGAAGAGCGAGAGUGACUCCGCUUUGAGGGAGAGCGAGAAGUCUUAGGUUUGGAUUGUUUAGACUUUUGGGUCAUGGCGGCAUUGCAGCAUUGUAUGGCGUUUGUAGCAUCUGUUGUACUUGUAUGUGAAAGCUCAAACUUGUGACCGUCCUCAUGAAUGUAAGCCGCUCAAGAGACAACAGCAGUCAGUUUGGCGUUGUGUUGUUCCUGCCUCUGGUGUUGCGCGCCACUUCCCUGGCCCCUCGACCCGGCCUCUUUCUCUAACACAGGACUCUUCCACCACACACACUUACUUGCCUAUCCACCUUUCUUCCUCUGCUCUCUUGUCAACAUCAUACAAUGGCGACACGAGCACCAGAUGAAACACCAUCUCCUACAAACAACCAGCGGUGCGGCCUCGCUGCAUCGUUAAGCGGCUGAAGAUUGGCUUCGUCAGAAAGCUGAUCAUACAGGCUGCAAGAACUUCAUCUCGAUGAUAG